UAUCGUUAGUGAGAGAAGAACACGCACCAUCGAUACAUCGAUAACUUAUCGACACUAGUAGGCGCUGACACAAAAUUCCAAUUUGCACAAAUCGCAAUUUUGCAGCAUUAAAAACAGCAAUUAAACCACGUAAAGGUCAUUCGUGUAACCACACUCCCUGCGGCCCACAAUCGAUUGCGAAAUUGCAAGUGGAAACCUAAAAACCGCUUCGAUGGUGCAAAAAUGUCAAACAGUUUGGCCAGCGACAUGGAGCUGUCGAGUGCUGGGUUUCAUGUGCUCCACAUCCUGGCACUGCUCCAGGUGCAGGUUGCUGCUUGGCCUGUCGAAGAGUCGCCGCAUCUGCCGUUGGUGAGGAAGCUUACCGAAGCGCUGCAUCGCAUCCGCGUGAACACUUGUGCCGCCCACAAUCUGAGUGCUUUCAUCAGCACGGACUAUGAGCAUCUGGACGAGAAGGAGGCGCGAUUGGUGCGCUGUGUGCUGGACUACAGCCUGAGUCGUGAGGAGCUGGUGCCCGUGGUGUUGGCCUCGCAGCUCAGCCCCGAGCAGAGUGUCCGUGUGCGACUGCAGCUGCUCUUUGUCCAGAGUCCUGAGCAGGCAAUAGCUGCCUGUUCUGCCUUGGAGAUCAAGGGCAUGUACCUGAUUGUGUGGCUCACAUCGCAGCCGGAGGUGAGUGUGCAGCGGAGCAGCAUGUCCCAGAUAUUUGGCCACUUUCUGCAUCGUUUGUACAACUUGAAUGUGCUGCUGCUGCUGGCCCACAUGGAGAGAUCGACGCUGCAGGCAUUCGCCUUUCUGCCAUACACAGCCGGCAGCUGUGCCAGCACCGAGCCCGUGGAGCUGCCCCAACGGGAGUGGCGUCUACGCGAGAUGUUCCCCUAUCGACUGGGCAACAUGCACGGCUGUCCGCUGAGCGUGAUUGUGUGGCCAAUAGCGCCGUACAUGCACCUACACUGGGAGCAGCCUCGGGGCGUGGAUCAAGUCGAAGGCCUCGACGGAAUGCUGCUGAGGAUAAUGGCCAGCAGAAUGAACUUUACCAUUCAGCUGUUGCCCAACGAGCCGCCCGAGCUGGUUGGUGGCUCCAGCUACCUAAAUGGCACCAUGACGGGCGCCUAUCGCAUGCUCCUCGAUCGUCGGGCAAAUCUCACAUUGGGCUCGGCCGCCUGCACGCCGGAACGACAGGCACACCUCACCGCCACGUGGCCGUACAGCCAGAUUGCCUACGUGAUUGUCCUGAAAGCGCGCGGCAGGUACAGCAACUACGAGAUAAUGCUGUUCCCCUUCGAGCGCUACACUUGGCUGCUGCUGGGCGGCCUGGCCCUGGUGCAUCGUGGCCUGGGGCGUUACUGCCGCCUGCCCGCUCCCGUGGUGGCCGGUUGGCUGCUCUGGAGCUUCGUGGUGCGCGCCUGCUACGAGGGUUCCGUGUUUAACUUUCUGCACAAUGCACCGACCAAGCCCUUGCCGCACACCUUUGAGCAGAUGGUGGGCGCAGGGUUUGGCGUCAUCACGGAUCAUGCCACACACCGCAUGGCGCUGAAGGUGCAGGCAUUCGACGGGCUCAUACAGGUCAGGCCCGGCCAGCCGGUGGACAUAUUCGAUGCACUGCUCGAGGAGCCACCGCUCACGGGCGCCUUCACCAGCGUCACCUUCCUCGCCUACCACCUCACGCAGCACAAGGAGCGGCGCCAGCGCUUUGUCAUACUCGCCGAGAAGAUCCUCGACAAUAUGCUGUGCAUGUACUUUCCGCGCGACUCCUACUUCCUGGACAUUGUCAAUCAUUUGCUGUUCCAAAUGCGCAGCUUUGGCCUCUUCCAGCAUCACUCGCAGCGCCUGGCCUGGGCCAACCUGCCGACCACAACGGAUGGCAAGGGUGCGCACAGGGGCAGGCUUCUGGCCUCGGCUGUGGAUGUGCGGACGGGCUUUGCCGAGUCCAUGGGCUUCAUUGUGGCCGCCCUGAACUGCCUGUGCGGCGCCUUGGCUGUGGGCAUUUGUGUGUUCGGCCUGGAGCUGCUCAGCCGGCGGCCACGCUGGCGUCGAUUGGCUUUGAUAAUGGAAAGAUUGUAGCGAAG